ACAGUAGGGCUCCACAGAAGUCGUUUCUGAAAUAGCCUCUCAUUUAAAAUACAAAAUAUUUCCAAGUCCAACAUAUUUCAUUAAGAUGCAAUACACGCAAUAAUGACAGUGAAUGUAAGAUUUCCCAAGAACAUUCAGAGAGUGAUUGACAUCGGCGAUGCUGCCUCAGUCGAGGAUGUCAAGGAAGCUAUUUCUAAGAACUCAAAACUUGAUCCUUGGCUGUUUGAUUUGCUCUUCUGUGGAAAGGUGCUGAAUUCAGACCAGCAGAUCAAGAGCCUGAAUUUAGGUGCAGGAAGUGUGUUGCAUGUAAUUGAGAUAAAACACAAAACAGUUCAGCCAGAUUUGUCCUUGGAAACAAAGUCAGAAACAAGUGAUUCAAAGAGGUACAACUAUUAUGUGUACUGUAAACAGUGCAAGGACCUCCAGGCUGGAAAGUUACGAGUCCGUUGCCAUACCUGUCGGCAAGGUGCCAUCAUCCUGUCAAAGGAGCCAGGUGGUUGGUCAGACGUGCUGAGACCCAGACAGUUGGAGGGCUUCUGCAAGGAUUGUGAUGGGAAUCAGCCAGCGCAAUUCUAUUUCAAAUGUUGCAACCACGACGGCAAAGAAGAUUGCCUCCCAUUGCGACAUGUGAGACCAAACACACAGGGCGUGAAGUGUGUGAUCUGUACUGAAAUAAGCGGCCAUUGUUGCUUGCUAUGAAACGUCGCCCGAAUGGUUUCAAUGUACUGCAAUUAGCCAGUAGGCUGGUGUUAAAGAUCAAGUGAAAAAAGCAGCACACACAAGCGACACAUUCAAAAUAUUAUCAGUAAAAACGCUUGUAAUUGUACUUAAGUGACUGUAGAUAAUGGCUUUCGUCGGUCAGCUAAGAUUGGUGCCUUAUAUUGUUGAUUAUAUGCCCCCAGUUAUUAUAGCUUACAGUAAUAAAAUAUUCAAAUACUA